UCGCGUUUUUACCUCGUGGCAUCACGAGAAGUAUGUGGUAAAAUAUGCCUUGCUGAUGAAGUCGCGAGCGGCGGCUAGUUAGAAUUAAAAUGGCAUUAAAACAAAAGCAGUCACUAAGGUGUCAGUUACAGCAUUUGUCUAUUCGAACAAAGGGUAGGACAGAUUUUAAAAUCCACUAGAAUUGAGUGGGUACAUUCGAUAACAGAACAGUUUAUUGAGAUAGAAAACAUUACAGCUUUAUUGCAUAAAUUUAACGCUUUUGUGCAUUUAUUAUAAUAUUAUAUUAAUUUACUCUUUAUCCUUUAGGGGAUCGAAAGAGCGAACAGUUUUGAAUUUUAGACCUAAGGGCCACGUUUGGCUGCAUUAUCUGAAAUUACUUAGACAGUGACAGGUUUUUUUUACCCAUCGCCUACCUAUAGUUUCCUAGGCCGAUAAUAAAUUUCGCACAUUUAAAAUUAAAACCUGUACUUACCAGUAGUUCUUAGAUUAUCCAACAACCGCAGCCUUUUAUUGAAAGUUUAAGAAAAGUUGGUUGUACUCAGUAAUAAAAAUAGGUUUAUUUCCAAAAUAAGUACGAUUCAAGGUAUUCGGCAGGUGUAAGCAUUAUAGUUUAGAGUCCGUUAAAGACUGCCGGGUAAGUACCUAGGUUGGUACCUUUUAGCGGUAUGAAAAGAAUGUAAAGAUUUGCCAAAUACAUUAAGGACGGUUGCAAUGAUAGAUAGACAAAUAGAUAAAAAAGUUUAUUUAACAUUCGGCAAUAUCUCGCAUAUACCUUGGUAAUUUUAAUGUACCUACUUGUUUGUAUGUGCUCUUGUUCCAACGUCGUCCGAUGGAAGAGAUGAAGAACAGAUGAAUUGCGAAAUACUAUCCCUACUUUCAAUCUAAAGAUCAAAGGGAAGUAAUUUUUCAUUAAUAUUGUCUAAACUUCAGUAGGAAAGAGUAAGUAAUGGUAUGGAGAAAAACAUAAGUAAAUUUACUUGAAGAGAUUUCAUAGAGAAGUGUACUUACAAUCAUAAAGUCUAUGUGUCCAUAAACACUUUAUACGAAGAUUUCUGUUGCUAUUCCUGUUUCCUCACAAUUGAGUGAACACACAUAAUGGGCACUGCCAGAAUACAGAAUCCCUGGCGCCUGCGCUGACAACUGACACCUUAGCGGUGAAUGAUCCCUCGGCACUGUCCUCGCAAUAAAAGGGUCUGCAAACCAGACAACCGCAACAUUCGCUCUGGUGUUAACCCGGAGCACAGUGCGUUCCCGAAAAGGAACUUGGAUUCAGUCAUCUACAUACAGCAUAUACGCCAAGAUGUCUAUGGUCCGAAGAUCCAGUAUGGACAGGAUGUCCUCCAGCAUGACGUCUAGUAUGACUGGAAUGGGACUUGGUGGAAUUACCGGGCUGACAUCAGGGAUGAGUACAUUAAGUUGCAUGAGAGAACAGCAGAUGACAAUCGGCGGAAUGCCUUCGAACUAUGUUCCUGGGCUUUCAGCGUAUUACAACAUCUCGAGUUUCUGCCAACGUCCGGGGCAAACUCGUCGCUGGCCCAUGCAACGUGCUGGACCCACGGCUCAGCAUCGUCCCGGCCGUUCUCACAGCACGGGAGCACUGCAUCGCAUGAAACAUUCAAUGAGGAAUAGUCCGAAUACUCAGUAUACCCACAAUCUUAUUUGCAAGAUGGCCGAUCAAAAUGAGCGCAGACGUCGUCAAGACACCAUGGAGAUGAUUCCUCAAAGCUACUAUUCCCAACAGCCACUAAAGGUGGAGCUCAGUGAGUUCUACUCACGAGAUAAUUCUAAGGAUCACCAUACUGAACAAUACGAUUUGGUGAAUGACAACAUCCUACCGAAUCCAGUUCUCAGACGUGGUCAGAAUUUCUUCUUCGCGGUACGUUUUGACCGAACUUACGAUAAGCAGCAGGAUAUGAUUCGAGUUGUUUUCUGCUUUGGUCCGAAGCCUAGUGUUACUAAGGGAACACGGGUUGUAUUACCUGUGAAUUGGAGCAAUCAGCAAGGUGUAUUCCAACAUUCUCGUGACAUGAUGGGAAUGGGAAUGGGCAUGGGUAUGGGAUUGGGAAUGUCCCGUAUGCAAGAAACUAGCACUGGGAUGGCUACAAUGGGAUCCAUGGGUACAAUGGGCACAAUGGGUACCAUGAGUACGAUGGGAACUAUGGGCACGAUGGGUCCUAUGGGUCCGAUGAGCGGUAUGAGGGAAACAACAACCUAUGGAGUUCGUCGCAGUUCGUUUAGUAACGAACCUUUGCCUUUGCAACAUAGUCCUCUUAGUCCACAUGGCCCAAUGGACAGACCAAUAAUGGAUCGUUACGGAAAUACUACACAGCACUCGUCAUUUGGUCGUGGCUAUGGAUCGCGUCAUGGCUCACGACAUGGAUCUAUGCAAAAUCUGGCAUCUCUUGCCCACGAUAUGGACAGAUGGGAUAUAAGCAUCCAGCGGCAGGAUGGGAAUACCAUUACAUUCCAAGUUCAUGUUCCUGCAACGGCUCCUGUGGGGGUAUGGAACUGCUGGGUACAAACCAACCGAUUUGGCCAGCGUGAUAAUCGCCAUGAUUACAAAUGUGAUGAAGAUAUCUACAUUUUGUUCAAUCCGUGGUGUCGCGAAGAUCCGGUUUACAUGGAUAAUGAGUCGUCUCGAAAGGAGUACGUACUCAAUGAACAAGGAAAAAUUUGGUGUGGCACAUGGCGCCAACCCAAGGGCAGAAAAUGGAUUUAUGGACAAUUUGACGACGUGGUUUUGCCAGCUUGCAUGUACUUGCUCGAACGCAGUGGUUUGGAGCAUUCAGAACGUGGUAAUCCUAUUCGUGUCUGCCGAGCUAUUUCAUCAAUGAUUAAUGCCAAUCAUGAUGACGACGGUCUCAUGGUGGGACGUUAUGAUGGAGAGUAUAAAGACGGUGUAGCGCCCCAUGCUUGGACGGGAUCUGUGGCAAUAAUGGAACGGUACUUGACUGAUGGUGGUCGUCCUGUAGAAUAUGGUCAAUGUUGGGUAUACUCCGGUCUUGUAGUCACUAUUUGCAGGGCUUUAGGUAUACCUUGCCGAUCAGUAACAAAUUACGUAUCAGCCCAUGAUACGAACCGCACAUUCACUGUCGAUAAAUAUUUCGACCGCGAUGGUAAUGAAGUACCUAAUGGUCCUGAUGAGGAUUGCUACGAUUCAUGCUGGAACUUCCACGUAUGGAAUGAUGUUUGGAUGCAGAGACCAGAUUUGCCACAAGGAUACAGCGGCUGGCAGAUUAUUGAUUCUACACCUCAGGAAGAAGCAGAAUCAGUGUACCACUGCGGCCCGGCCAGUGUUGAAGCUGUGCGGCGAGGUGAAGUAGGCUUCCAGUACGACACGCCUUUCAUGUUCUGUCAGCUCAAUGCUGAACUCUGCCACUUCCAAGAAGAAGAAAACUCAGAAUGGGGCUUUAUUAGGAUGGCAUCGAACCAAUACCAAGUCGGCCGAAAGAUUCUUACCAAGAAUCCCAAUCGAGAUGAUGACGAAGGUGAAAGUGAUAUGCUGGAAAUUACGCAUGAAUACAAGACAGUUGAUAGUUCAUCGCCAGAGCGACUUGCGGUCAUUGCUUCUUGCCGUGGCUAUCAGCGUUUGCAACAGUACUAUGAAUACCCUGAUCGCAACUAUGAAGAUGUUUACUUCGACCUUAUGGACAUCGAUAUCGUGCCUUAUGGACAACCGUUUGAUUGCACCAUGAAUAUCCAGAACAAAUCGCAUGAAGAUCGUACCAUCUGGUGCGUGUUGACUGCAUCUUCAUGUUAUUACACUGGAGCCAUUGCUUCGCGUCUAAGACGAGCUCAAGGAGAAUUUAUCGUACGUGCUGGCCAACGUGAAGUUCUGAAGCUGCAUGUCUCUCCUCAAGAAUACAUGGAUAAAUUGGUAGACCAUUCGAUGGUUAAGGUGCAUGCUAUGGCAUACGUGAAGCAGACGCGUCAGGCUUGGUCUGAUGAAGACGAUUUUCCGCUACAUAAGCCCAGGAUGCAAAUUCAGGUUAGAAACCAGCCUUGCAUUGGACAGGAAUGCCCAAUCACAUUCAGCUUCCAGAAUCCGUUGAAUGUUCACCUCACUGAUUGCUACUUCACUUUCGAAGGAGCUGGUAUACAGCGACCUCGACAGAUAAGGUUCCGCGAUGUAAAGCCGGGUGAGUUCGUCAACUACCAAGACAAGUUCGUGCCCCGCCGCCAUGGGGAGCGCCGUAUCGUCGUGACGUUCUCCUCGCGCCAGAUGGACGAGAUCUUCGGGUGUACUACGGUGAAUGUGCGCGGCUAGCUAGCCCCCGGGCCUCGUGCGCUGUCUCCCAGAGCCUCGCCGGGGCCUUCUUCGCCACCUCAGCUGCAAAUGGACCGAUCCUACACUUCGUACGUUGCCCCUGAUCAACACGUCUAUGUUCAAGAAGAGGAGGUCGUAGUUUUGAAGUCCAUUUGAAUCGACGUGGCAAAGACGUUUAGUUGUUUCGUGUUUGUUGAACGUACGAGUGUUUGUUUCUCUUUUUUGUUAUUUAUUGUGAAUCUCUUUAACGACAUGGCUUUCUUAUGGACUAUAUAGAUGUUUUUCUACAUGUGUGUGACACAAAGCACCGUUCAUAUAGAUAAAAACUAUAAAAAAAAAAGAUUUGAAAAUAUCUUUCACAUUUGUCACAGAGUGUUUUUAUAAUGUAAUCAUUUAUGAUAAGAAGAUAUAACCGAUGCUUCAAGUGCCAUUUAUUUUGCUAUGACUUUUUUAGUUCUUAAGAUUUAAGGGAG